UAAAACUCAAUAAAGAUGGGCAACGCAACAAUGGACGAACUAUCAAAGGAACAGAUUGCACUGCUGCAAAAUGCAUUCAACGCAUUCGAUCCGGAGAAGAAUGGAUACAUCAACACGCCUAUGGUUGGAACCAUCUUGAGUAUGCUGGGACAUCAGUUAGAUGAAGCGACAUUAGCGGAAAUUAUAGCUGAGGUCGAUGAGGAUGGCUCUGGGCAAAUUGAAUUCGAGGAAUUCACAACGUUGGCUGCCCGUUUCCUCGUUGAGGAGGAUGCGGAAGCCAUGUUGGCCGAAUUGAAGGAGGCCUUCAGGUUGUAUGACAAGGAGGGUAAUGGUUAUAUCACAACCGGGGUUCUUCGGGAGAUUCUUCGCGAGUUGGACGACAAGCUGACGAACGAUGACCUCGACAUGAUGAUAGAGGAAAUCGAUUCUGAUGGCUCCGGCACCGUGGACUUUGACGAAUUUAUGGAAGUUAUGACCGGAGAUUGAAUUUUAUCGGCCGCCUUAUCUCUCAAGCUUAUACCGAAAGUUGUCUUCUCGAAUCCAGUUCUAAAACAGGUCUCCAGUAUUUUUUUUAGAAAUAUACUAAAAUUAAGUUUUCUAUUGUCUGUAAAUACAAAUUUGUAUGUGUAUAUCUUUUGAGUUUAAUGCAUCCUUAUUUUAGUAAUAACCUUUUGAAAAAAAAACUAGACCUUUCCUCACCACAGCUCAUUUGUAAUAAAGUUAUCAAAAAAAUUCAAAAUUAAAAUUACAUUACGAAUAAAAGCGAAGAUUCCUUGCAAUUUA